CAUCAGAUUCUAAUUCACAAAAUCAGUAGCAGAGAGAUGAAAGAAGCUGCAAAGCUCCCAGUCAUCGACCUCUCUUCCCCUGAUCACAACUCUACCGCCAAUUCAAUCCGUCAGGCAUGCGUAGAGUAUGGCUUCUUUUACCUUAUCAAUCAUGGAGUAGAGACAGACUUGAUCGCUAAAGCUUUUGAUGAGAGCUACAAAUUUUUCUCGCUCCCAUUGAAUGAGAAAAUGAAACUGUUGCGCAAAGAACACAGAGGCUACACGCCUCUGUUCGCUGAGAAUCUUGACGUGUCUUCUCUUAAUUCCAAAGGUGAUUCUAAAGAAAGCUUCUACAUUGGUCGUUUGGUUAAUGAUGACGUUAACCAGUGGCCUUCGAAAGAAAUUCUCCCUUCUUGGAGACUUAUAAUGGAGGCUUAUUAUAACAGCGUUAUAUCUUCUGGGAAAAGACUAAUCUCGUUGAUUGCUCUGGCUCUGAACUUGGAUGAAGAUUACUUUGACAAAGUAGGAGCUUUAUAUGAACCAGAAGGCUAUCUUCGUCUGUUACAUUAUCCAGGUGAACUUGGGUAUUCUGAGGAAGAAAUAUUUGGUGCUUCAGCACAUUCAGACUAUGGAAUGAUCACUCUUCUGGUGACUGAUGGUGUGCCAGGACUUCAGGUUUGUCGAGAAAAAUUCAGCGAAACACAAACCUGGGAAGAUGUGCUACAUAUGGAUGGGGCCUUCAUAGUUAACAUUGGGGACAUGAUGGAGAGGUGGACUAAUUGUCUUUUCCGGUCCACACUGCACAGAGUGAUGCCAACUGGACAAGAACGCUACUCUAUGGCAUUCUUCUUGGAUCCAAACCGAAAUUGCAUUGUGCAGUGUUUGGAAAGUUGUUGCAGUGAAUCAUGUCCGCAAAGAUUUCCUCCUAUCCGCAGCGGCGACUACCUGAAAGAACGGCUUAGGCUCACAUACGGCUCAUAGGGUAAAUAACUAAAUCCUGAGGCCCUGAGGUGUGAAACUGCUACAUGAUGAUAUGAACUGAAAUGAAUAUUAGUAGUUAUCUUGGCAUUCAUGAUUUGGGCACAGAUAUGGUGCAUGAUGCAUUUGUUUGCUGAAAGACCGAAUUAGGGUUCCAUUGAAGUGAUAGCACUUGCAGGUUCUUGAUGUUACAACGAAAGCUGCGUUAACAUUUAUUAUCAUCAUAUACUAUUUUUUUUAUUAUUCAGCAUUAACAUCUGUAAUUUAUUUGGUUAUGGAGGAUAAGCAAGUUAGUAUAUAAUUUAGGUUUCAAUA